AAGGAUCUAUUGGUCUUUCUGAGAACUAUGAGUUUGGAAUUUGGAAACUUGACCUAGCGAAAGACACACAGGCAAAAGCUAAGCUUUGCUUUCUCAGCGAGAAGAGCCAGAGGUUUGCCAAGGAGUCAAGGCUGUUAAGCCAGGAAGCAACAGUAUCCCUGGACCUGCCACACCCCACUAAUAAAGCGCAGGGCGUUCAUGAGGCCAGCUCUUUGAAGCCACACUAUGAAGCUCUUACUUGACUGACACACAGCCUGGAAGAGGAGUCCCAAGUUAGGGAGAAGCCCGAGUAAAGUAUUUUAUGAGGUGAGGGACUCUUCUGAGGAAACAUAACAAAUGAAGGGGAAGGGCUUUUGACAAUCACCAAAUAAGAAAGAACAAAAGGGUUGCCUUCCAUGUCCACACCCUCUGCAGAAGGGAUAUAAAAGCUCCCCAGAAGAAGGAGACCUACAAGGUCCUUGGAGAACUGGGUCUCUGUCUUCAGCUGACGCCACGUUCCCUCCCAGCACCAUGCCUUACAACUGCUACCUGUCCAACCUGAGCUGCCGCUCCAGCUGCCCCUCCCGGCCCUGCGUGGCUCCCAGCUGCCAUAACAUCCCCCUGCCCGGGGCCUGUAACAUCCCCGCCAAUGUGGGCAACUGUGGCUGGUUCUGCGAGGGCUCCUUCAAUGGCAGCGAGAAGGAGACCAUGCAGUUCCUGAACGACCGCCUGGCCAGCUACCUGGAGAAGGUGCGCCAGCUGGAGCGGGACAAUGCGGAGCUGGAGUGCCGCAUCCAGGAGCGGUGCCAGCAGCAGGAGCCCUUGAUGUGCCCCAGCUACCAGUCCUACUUCCGGACCAUCGAGGAGCUCCAGCAGAAGAUCCUGUGCAGCAAGUCUGAGAACGCCAGGCUGGUGGUGCAGAUCGACAAUGCCAAGCUGGCCGCGGACGACUUCAGGACCAAGUAUGAGACGGAGCUGGGCUUGCGGCAGCUGGUGGAGUCGGACAUCAACGGCCUGCGCAGGAUCCUGGACGAGCUGACCCUGUGCAAGUCCGACCUGGAGGCCCAGGUGGAGUCCCUGAAGGAGGAGCUGCUCUGCCUCAAGCAGAACCAUGAACAGGAAGUCAACACCCUGCGUUGCCAGAUUGGGGACCGCCUCAACGUGGAGGUGGACGCUGCCCCCACAGUGGACCUAAACCGUGUGCUCAAUGAGACCAGGUGUCAGUACGAGGCCCUGGUGGAGACCAACCGCAGGGACGUGGAGGAAUGGUACAACACCCAGACUCAGGAGCUGAACAAGCAGGUGGUGUCCAGCUCAGAGCAGCUGCAGACCUGCCAGGCAGAGAUCAUCGAGCUGAGACGCACGGUCAACGCCCUGGAGAUCGAGCUGCAGGCCCAGCACAACCUGAGGGACUCUCUGGAGAACACGCUGACAGAGACAGAGGCCCGCUACAGCUCUCAGCUGUCCCAGGUGCAGUGCAUGAUCACCAACGUGGAGUCCCAGCUGGCCGAGAUCAGGGGUGACCUGGAGCGACAGAACCAGGAGUACCAGGUGCUGCUGGACGUCCGGGCACGGCUGGAGUGUGAGAUCAACACGUACCGGGGCCUGCUGGAGAGCGAGGACUGCAAACUCCCCUGCAAUCCAUGUGCCACAACCAAUGCAUGUGACAAGCCCAUCGGGCCCUGCGUCUCCAAUCCUUGUGCUCCACGUGCUCGGUGUGGGCCUUGCAAUACCUUUGUGCACUAGAGGCCCUGGUGCCAGGAGGGGGAGAAGGACUCCAAAGUUACAUCUCAACUCUCCUUCACCCAGUCAUCUCCAACAGUGAGCACUCUGGACAAAGGAAGAAACUUCUACCAGCACCCGCUUCCAGAAAGCACCUCUAGCCUUCUGCUGAAUUCCCCAGCUUGACUGAUCCUUUAGCACAAGAGACGGCAAUAUCUCCUUACUGGCUCAGUCUGUUUUCUGAGUUAUAUAGGAAAACCUACAACGUGUGUCAACCUAUAUCAAACAGUAUCUGUUAAAAACAAUGCCACAUUUGCAUAACGUAUUAUGC